GACAUCCGCAUGUCUGCUGCCACUCGACUAACGCUGAUGUACGACAGCAGACAACACUGCGCGCCACCUUACACCGACAACGUGCACGACGCUGCAUCUGCUGCCCGGCUGUUGAAUCGCCAAUCCGACAAAAGGAACGUUUUACUUGAAGGAGUGACGACGGACGACGGAGAAGAGGGGGCUGGUGGAUCGACUUCUAGGCCUGAAAACGACGAUUCUUGCCAUCGUUUGCAACAGCCCGAAAAGAGGCAACUGUGGAGUGGCGGCCAUAGCAGCAGUGGCAGCCAGCGCCGCCGGAUUGAGUCUGUUGGACAACAAGGAAGGCAAGCUCAAGCAGAAGAAGAUACAAGCGCAGCGAGGGGAAUUGCGGGUGGCGGGCAGGCCGCCGCUAAGGUGAAUCCACCAUCACCAUCGGCCAUUUCACCUGCCGCCAACAUGUCCACGAAGAGUAUGGGCGGCGGCGGUGGUGGCGGCGUUGGUGGCCGGACCAGCAACAACAACAACAACAACAACAAUAAUCCGGCCGGCUCGUCUGCGCUGGCCGACGACAGCCAGCAGUACUGUCUGCGCUGGAACAAUCACCGCUCCAACUUGCUGACGGUGUUCGAACAGCUUUUGCAGACGGAAGCGUUUACGGACGUGACGCUGGCCGUUGGCGGCACUUCGAUCAAGUGCCACAAGAUGGUGCUGGCUGCCUGCUCUUCCUACUUCCAGUCGCUGUUCUUGGAGAACGCGUGCCCGCAUCCGAUCGUCGUCUUCAAGGACAUCCAGUACGCCGAGAUUCGCGCCAUCCUCGAGUACAUGUACCGCGGAGAGGUGAACGUCGCCCAGGAGCAGCUUCCGUCGCUCCUCAAAGUGGCCGAAGCCUUGCGAGUCAAGGGCCUUUUUGAGGACGAUUCGCUCAAUGCGUCCGGCGGCGGCGGCGGUGGCGGUGGCGGCGGAGGCGUUGGCGGCGACAGGGAACCGCUCUAUCAACCUCCGGCCUCUUCCGGCCUCUUGUCCAGCACGUCGGUCAACGUCACUGCCGGCGGAGGCGGCAUCGUUGGGCCCGGCAGUCACGGUAGCAGUUCAGCUUCUCCUCCUCAGUCUACCUCAAUCAACGCUCAUCCACAAAUCAUCCGAUCUACCUCAGGUCACGCCCUUUCAGGUCACCACUUGCCCGUCUCUUCCUCGUCGAACGCUGACCGCACCCACUCGUCGCACCGCUAUGCCGAGAGGGCGACGGGUUCGGCCGAUCACAAUCACCACCACAAUCACCACCACCACCACCAUCACAAUCGCAACAAGAGCCCCAGCCCGACUAGCCCGCCGGAACGUUCUGGCGGACACAUUCGAGGCGAUCCCGAAUCUGGAGCCGGAUCGUAUUCGCGUCACGCGUCCUCCUCCUACCUCUACAAGUCGCCCAUGCUGAGCCCGCAGGGUAGCGAGCAGGGCGGAGAUCGUCGCGAUGGCAGCGCCACGCGCGGAGACAGGGACAGCACGGGGAGCGCCGGCAAUGCGCUGAGCAUGUGGCCGCCGCUGGUGAUGCCGUUGCAUUUGGGCGCCUUCGAGACGGCGCUGCGUGAGCGCGAACAGGCGUUGGCUCUGUACGGAGCCAUCCAGCGCGGAGGAGGAUCCAACGCAUCGGCAGACGAUCGAGAGCCAUCUAGCGGCAACGGACGCAACAGCGAUCAUCAUUUUGACCGGCACGGCGACAACAACGGCGGCGGCCGGAGGGCCGCUUCGAAACGCAAACGUCUGUCCAUCGCGUCCGGCGAUGGCGAUCAGACUCCGUCGCUACUCCGCACGGUGCUCGGCCCUCAUCACGGCUCUUCCAAACAUCACCAUCACGCCGACAUACCGGGAUUGUUUCCCUUCCGUCUGAGCGCCGCCGCAGCCGCUGCUGCCGCUGCCGAAGGAUCCGGCUCUGCGGAUGAUCGCAAUCAUCUCAGUAGUUACUUACCUAUGGCCAUGGCCUAUGCUGAGAGACAAGCUGGCCGUGAUCGUGAUCGCGAUCGUGGAGACGACGAUUGGAAUCAGAACCCGGAUUUGAAUUCUGAAGACGACCCCAGCGAGAUCAGCGGUGAAUAUGGACAUCCUGUACCGUCGUCGCCCUUGUCUGAUAAACGAGUGGAUGCCUCGGGCGCUAGAAUCGCGGCUUACGUGCCGACGCAGAAGUUGGAAUGGAAGCGUUACAAGCAGUACACGAACAGCGACAUAACGGCGGCCAUUGAAGCGGUCAAGAGCGGCAUGAGCGCGCUGCAGGCGUCGCGCAAAUUCAAGGUGCCGUCGCGCACGCUCUACGACAAGGUGAAGAAGCUGGGCAUCGCGACGACGCGCCCCUACAGCCGCGUGUCGUCGUCGACGUCGGGGUCGGCCGCGGCCGCUGCCAGCGCCGCUGCCAACUCUGCGGCGGCACAGGCGGCUGCGGCCGCGGCGGCCGCCGCCAUCAACGCGGCCAAUCAGAACAAUUUCGCCGCUUCGACUGCAGCGCUGACGUCGGCCAUGGCGGCGGCGGCCCUGUCGCUGGUGAAGCGGGAGCGCGGACCCGUCAUUCAGGUGGCGGGCAGCAGCCGCCACGAGGCGGCGGCCGCCAUCGUGGCUGCCGCGGCUAGUUCGGCUGGCAAUCAGGAUCGCGAGGAGGACAUGCCGGAAUCGAAUUGCGGUCCGGCCGAUUACAGCGAGGACAGCCGCCAGGAGAGCCCGGAGAAUUUGACUAUCGGCUCGUCCAACUUGUCGACGUCGUCGCCCGGCUCGCACGGCUCGGCCGCGGCGCCCACGACGUCGUCUAACGGUAAGGACGCGAUCAAGAAGGAGACGCCCGAUUCGACUCCGACGCCUCCGCCAGCGCCGCCGUCGCCGCCGCCGCGCCAGAGCAGCAAAUUUAGCGCCGGCGCGCGAGUGGGCGGAGCUUACUUUGCCGUCCGCGACGAUCUCAACUCAACGACGACGACCUCGUCGUCCAUCGCCGAAGUGGUGAUGGAUGAUCGCGGCGGCAGCGCCAGUCCCAAUCCCAGUACUACGUGAAAAACUUGCCGUUUUUCAACAACAACAACAACAACAAAACGAUUGAAAUGAGUAGCGCGAAUCAUUUUUUUUUUAAAACGGGUUCUCUGAUAAAAUCCUAUUUCGCUAAGAAAGACAAACAAACGAUCCAGUCCCGACAGAAGGAAAGAAAAAAAAAACUCAGGUUUCGUGUGUCUUGGUCACGCACGUAUCUUAUGUGUAUGUCUCUGUGUGUGUGAGAGAGAGAGAGAGAGAGAACGAGAGCAUUUUUUAUGUGUGUGCGUGCGCUCGUGUCGGGUAGUAAUUUACACACCGACACACAACGACCCUCCCCCACCCCAGUUAACCGACCCGCAUUCGACGACUCUACCUCAAUCGGAUUUGUUUUGUUUGUUUUUAUUUUUCACCCUCCCGCUUCAAACAAAAAUGGCGAACACACAUUUUGCGGAUUGAUCCUACCCCUCCCCCGCUGUUGUUACAAGUUUUUUUUUUUUUUUUUAAUUUUACGAGCGGGUUUCUCACGCAAGUUUUAAAAAAAAUUAAAACAAGAAAUUUUUUCCCGUUUCAUUUUGGAUGGCACCGGUGAUUCAUCCUCCCCCUCUACUCCUAACCCCCCCGGCCGUUUGAUUCAAGUCCCAACCCGUUGAUUUUAUUACUAUACUACUAUUAUAUCAUUGAUCGGUAGAAAGACACCAGUGACUAUUUACCAGAAAACCAAUGGAAAUAAGGAAAACAAAAAACCAGUUAAACAUUUUUCUUCUUCUCACGUUUUGGAACCCAAACCCGGUUUUUGAAUUUUUGGGGGAAAUAACAAAAUUUUACAUUUUUUUCCCCCCCUUCUCCGGUUGUCCUUUAAUUGCUUACAUUUUCGGACGCUAUUAUUAGAAUUGAUUUCUUUUUUAUUAUUAUUAUUUUAAAAUUCUUCUUUUGAUUAUCCCGAACCCCCGUGAAUUUGUUUAGUAAGUCUGUUUAGAAUGUGUGUGUGUGCAAUACGAGGGAAGACGUUUAUUAUUUUCUUCAAAAAUUUGGAAUUGAAAUUCGUGCGAAUUUCUGGCGAAGACAAAAGCAGGGCGUUGUCUUUUACAAUGUACGAGUGUGAUUGCAUCGAGUUCUUUUUUUUUUUAAAUCAAAUAUCCCGAAAAAACGAUUUUUUUCGGGAUUAGAUGUUUGGACGUCAGGCUUGUUGAAUUUUGUUUUAAAUAUGGAAACAUUUUUUUAUUUUUAUUUUUGGGGUUUGUUGUAUUUUGCCUAUGGGCGAAAACAAACCAUUUUAAUUGGAUUCGAAAAUGUGAUGGCGAUGGUGACAUUUUUCAAGUGGAAGAACAAUGAAGCCAUUCUUUGUCAACACUAUCUUUACACACAAGGUAAUCGGAAUAAUUCCGAUUUUUUUUUUUGCAUGAAAAUUUCUUUAAAAUUUUUUUUAAAAGGCCCCCGGAAAAAAGGAAGUUUUUUCUAAAAUUUAGUUUAGAUUUUUUUCAAUGAGCGAAUUCAAAAUGUAAAAGAAAAGAAAAAAAAAACAUUUUGAAAAAGAAGAAUUCAUUUGGGUCAUUUUUAUAUUGUUAUUAUUAAUUAACUCUGAAUUCCACACACACACACACACACAAAACAAUCGUCGCCUUAAUGUGGUUUUAUUUCUUUCUCCUCCUACUACUCUCUUUUUAAUGUUCGGAAUCUGUUGGUUUUCCUUUUAUUUUAUUUUUUUAAUUCUCUUCAUUUCUUCCGUGUGCGUGUCUUGUAUGCGUGUUAUUGUCCAGCGUGUUAAUUUUUUUCAUUUUUCUAUUCAAAUUUAAUUCUUCCUUUUUUUUUUUCUUUUUUAAGAAAAAAAAAAGCAAAACUUUCUCGCGUCGAUGUGUUUCGGGGUUUCUAAAGUUUGUCACUUUUUUCUCCUUUUUUUCUUUUUUCAAAGACUAUAUAUUAUAUAUAAAACCGUCAAUCAAAUCAUCGUGGGUGAUGAUUCAUUUUUUUGAAUUGAAAGUAACAAUUUCCAAAGUAUUUGUUUUGGGUAUCGGAAAAUAUUGAAAUUUUUUUUUCUUUUCUUUUCUUUUCUUUUCAAAUACCGCCAAUGACGUACACUACAAACACAACACCGAAUUUCCGGCCAAUCUCUUGGAAUAUGUUUUAAUCGAGUUAAUCUUUGCUCGUUUGAAAAUUUUUUUUUCUUCCCUCCAUUUUAUUUUGAUUUUUUUAACGUGGUGCCUUGUUACACAAGUCAUUGACAGCAACCAGUUACCUCUCUCAUUGACUGUCAAUUUCAUCCUCCCAAUUUAUUUUUUUUUUUUGUUUAAUAUGAGAAAGAAACAUCUUUUCAAAUUUUUCGGCAUUAAAUUAUCAUUAUUUUUUAAAUUUCAAAAUGAUUAAAUUUAAAAAGCUCAGGUGGCAUUUUUUUUCCUCAACCUCCGGCCACAGUCAAAAUCACACAAACAUUUUGGGUCCAUUAAAAAAAAAAACAACAACAUAACAAAUAACAUUUGAAAAGAAACAAAUGUCAUCUUUCUCUUAAUGUAAUUAAAAAACAUCUUGUCUUGCUUGAUUGUUGGUUUUUUUUUUGAAUUUUUUAAAUAAUAAUAAUUAUGACUAGAUAAUGUCUUCAUAAUAAUCUUAGGGAUUGCGCGCUGGUGCGUAUAUGUUUGUUGUAAUUGCAAUGCGGGUGAUUGCUCUGCUGUUGCUGCUCUAAUUUGACGCUCUGGGACAUUCAAAUCGAGACAAUGAAAGGACGAUUUUUUUUUUCUUUUCUUUUUAUUAUUAUUAUUAUUAUUAUUAUCGAAGAAGAAAAGAGGCAAUGUUAACGACUAUGAAAGCACCUCUUUGCUCAUGUCUACCUCAGGAAAAUGUUUAUAUUUUUCCAACUAUUGCUCCUCUCUUUUUUCAUUGUGCGCGCCUCUCAUUUUCUCGAAAGUUGAGUUAUUUUUCGCAAGUUUGUUUCAAAUCUCGCGCCAAAUCAAGACAUCGACAUCUUUCUACAACCCAAUUGUUUUUUCUCCGUUUAAGAGUCCCGCCGUUUUGAAUGACUAGUCCACGCCACCUAUGGGUACUUUGGCGAACUGCUCAUUCAAUUUCAUUUUUUCUUUUAGCCACAAAGACCCUCAUCCUAUAAACAAACCAGUAAAUCAGUUGAAAUAUUUCCCUAUAAUAACGUUUAUUUUUUCACACACAUUCACAAACAAAAAAAGUUGUAUAAAAAUCAACAACAAAAUAAAAGCGCUAGACUCAGGGUAAACUUAAAAAAACAAAAACAAACUUCAACUGUCCGUCGAAACUUGAUAUACCUCCCAUCAGUUCUUGAAGUCGGGUAUAUAAGCAAUCAAUGAAAUUCUUUAUUUUUUAAAUUUUGACGUCAUUUUUUUUUUGAAUCUUUUGAAAAUGCAGAUUUUUAAUUACACAUAUUAUAAGAAAGAAAGAAAAAACGUUGCAAUGAAGAUGGUCCAAAACAUGACGAUGUAGCACACAGUUCCUAAAAGUAGCAGAUUUGUUUCUUCUUUGCCUUUCCCCUCCCCUUUCAACCUUAAACCUAACCGUUAAACCAGGAAGCAAAACACAAAACCGCAAUCAACCAUUCAUAAUAGAACUCCGCCAUACAAGUAAACAAAAUCUAUUUGAUACAAUAUCUCCAUCCGUUUUAUUAUCCGCUUAUCUCCGAAUCAAUCUACAAGUAUCUAUAAUAAUAAUAAUAAUAAUAAUAAUAAUAAUGAAACAUUUUAUAUUUUUGAAGAAGACAUACAUCUUUAUAUUUGACAUAUAUUCGUAAGAACUAUCUCAGGUGCAAAACUCAAUCCAACCUUGAACCUUAUCAUUAUUAUUUUUGUUUUUUUUUUUUUAAAUCAGUUUUUGAAUGACCCCCUCAUUAAUUUUUUUUUCACGCAGGCGUCAACAUCCCUCCCUCUAUUUAAAUGGGAAACCCCAUCCCCAUGGAUUUUAUUUUAUUAUUAUUAUUAUUAAUUUUUUAAAGCGCAUCAAACAUCCCACACAACCCAUUUCAUGUUGCAAAAUAGCAGGCAGACCAGCAAACGACCCCGCCCUUAAUGAGAAAGAGACGACAAAGAGAAAUUUAAUUCGCGAAUUGAAUUGAAACUUAAUUUAAAAAAAAAAUGAGAGUGAAAGAAAGAGUGAAAAAAAAAAUUUAGCCCCCAAAAUUCGUACAGAUCAACACAUUUGGUCGUUUCAGACUUGUUUAUACGUAAAGCAGACCAAUGAUUGCUGAAUAAUUUUGUAAUGACAGAAAUCAAGAGAAAACAAAACAAAAUACCCGAAAUACGCGACCCGUUGAAAAUAAUUCCUUCUCUCUUUUCUCCCCCUCCCCUCUUUUCCCUUCGCAUCUAAUUAAACCGUUUUUGUUUUUUUAUUUUUUUUGUUCUUGUUGUGUAUGUGGCGAGUACGUCAAAAUUGAUACCUCCGAGUGUUUUCGAGUUUGUUUGAAGACAACACGAAUUUUUUUGUUUUUUGUUUUUUUUUUUAUUAUUCCCGAUGAAUUUUGAAUUUUUUUUUUUAUAAUUUAAGAAUAUGAUGAUUGUGCUACACUAUUAUUCACACAUGUUUCGUGUUCUUUCUCCUCCCCCUCACUCCUUAAUUGGAUACUUGUUUGUUUCAAAAUUGUUUUGAAUUUUUGAUUGGCUUGACGAAAGAAGAAGAAGAAAAAGAAAAAAAAGGGAGAAAUUUUUUUUUUUCUUUUUGUUUGUUUGUUUUCACACAAAUUUUCCGACCCGGUUUCAAUUUAAUUUCUUCUUAUUCGGAUUGCAUAACUAGAAAAAAAAAAUCUAAAAAAAAAAAAAAAAAUUAUAAUAAUAUGCAUUGGCGUUUAAAAAUCCCUCCCCGGUAAACAUGUCUCGGUUCGAAAUUUUCACAUUUUUUUUUGUUUGUUUGUUUGCCCCUCAAAAAACAUUUUUUUUUUUUGUUUGUUUACCACUUUUCAUAUUUUUUUUUUUUUAUUCCUCUCUUUUUAUUCAAAUUGUUCCCCCAAUCCCGCCCCCCACCCCUCAGCCCAACAAAUUUCCGGUAGUUGAAAAACACACAGACUUUUAAAAGAAAAAAAAAAAGAAAAGAAAAAAACAUGUCGCUCUUCAAUCGUCUCUCUUUUGCGUCUGCACCUCAUCAAAUUCUCGUUGGAUUUUUCUAUUCGUCUCUUUUGUUAUUUCGUCCUAUUUCUUUCAUUUCACGAUGCGAGAGUUAGAGAUAACUUUCUGUUUUGUCUUUGCCGAGAAAUUGUGAAACGAUGUCAAAAGAAAAUGGAAAUGAUUCAUUUUUUUUUGUUUAAAUAUCGAAUCAAUUUCUCGAAAUCUGGCAAAAACGAAAAAAGUUUUCGAUUUUUAUUUCCCUCCUCCAAAACUUCUAAAAAAAAACCUUUUUUUUUGUUUUCUCUACCCUAUACAAUUUGUAGUUGCUUGACUGUUGACGUAAAAAAACAAAAAACAAAAAUACACCCUUUUUUGAUGUGA